CCGCAAAGUGGAGUGCAGUGGGCCCACGUGCCGUAUACGUAAUUUAUGGCAGUGGAAGCGCCAAGCGAGGGGCUUUAUUUUUAGCCAGGGCGUUUGUUAUUCUUCGAGUGGCAGUGGCGGUAAACAGUAAGAAGCAAGACGUGCCAGACCGAAGAGCUAGACCUGCUUGCAACAUGUUGGCCGCGCAUUAAUUGGCCCGCAGCCAGUUCUUCGAAAGCAGCAGUAGCAGCAACAAAAACAAAGGACACAACAAUAGCUGGUGGAGCAGUCGUUUUGCUUUCCUCGGGAAAUGUAUGCCAGAGGAUCCGAACUAUACCCAGAGACACACGCCUGCAACGGGAAUCCCGUCGAGGAGGAGGAUGACGCCACGGAUGUUGCAUCAGUGAAAAAGGCCAACGGAAAUGAAAGCAGCUGCGAGUCGCCACUGCUGGAAAUCGAUGAAAACUACGUGUGCGACAUUGCCAUGAUGCGGAUCGGAGGCGGAGAAGAGACGGCUGCCGGAAGCCUCAGUAUGAAACACAAUGUCCAAGCGAAUGAAUCACCCAGUGGAAACAAUGAGAACGAAGUGGAGAUCGAUCGCCAGGAGGAGGAGCAGGCGGUCAGUGAUCUGGUGCGUCUGAGCGGUGCAGGUGCCCUCAUGGAGGCGGACAGCAAAAACAUUGGCAGCAUGCGGGUCAUCUUCGGCAUCCUGGUGCGUUUAGUGCUUCCACUGGCCAAUGGAGUGGCCCGGGGCAUCAAGGGCAUUCGCGACGUGCGGGUGUUGAGGGUGCUCCAGAACCUGGCUUCCAGCCGACAGGCCCUAACCAACUUGGUGGCCUUUGCGGCCAACACCAUCUCACUGAAUCUGUCUUCAGUUCAGGUUUCAAACCGCUUGGGACCGCUUAUGAAGCUGCUCAAAAUGCGCAAGUCCCAGGACGGGCUAGAAAGUCUUCCGGAUACUCUGACCAUGCCUUCCACGCCUAGUACCCCCUGCACGCCGAUGACUCCGCUGCAGGGUCCGCCCAUCUACAGUGCCCUCUCGGAUGCGCCCAGUUGCUGUACCAUCAAUAUAUUGGCCGAACCACCGCCGGGCCAGCCCAUUCGGGCCGACAUCGUACUCAUCCAUGGACUGCACGGUUCGCUGUUGAAUACCUGGAAACAGGGACUCUGGCAGAACGAUCGCCAGCCAGUUGAGUUCGAGCGGCCGCCGAGACCACCGGUUAGGCCACCCAAGCGACCACGUCACUCCCGCAGCGCUGCCAUUCAUCCGGCGCCCAGGGAGAAGAGGGCAAAGUUCGCGUCCCUCAACCGCAAACGAGAUUCCUCCGAAGAUGCUCCCUUAAGACUACGGACUAGGUUGCAGAAUUCUUUGGAGGCACGACCGGAGGGCUUCCAAUACAAUGCUUCUGAUAGCGAUGAUGAUGCCGAAGACUACGCCUACGUAUGUGGUGGUCCGGAGGACAUUCAGAUCUGCGAGGGAAUCGAGUAUAGCUUCCCCACCUUCCGGCUUAGGAUGCAAGACAACAGUCGCCUGCUGCAGGCCGAGCUGGAGUCCAUGCUGGAGGCGAACGCUGGAAAUAAUGAGGUCCAGCCUGAUGCCGACCAAGCCAAGGAUAGCCACCAGCGGCCCCCCACCCCUGGAACGCCGUCCCGCAAGCCUACCCGCAAGAGCAAACCGUCGCCCAACGACCCCAACUACUCCAAGUGCUGGCCGGGCGAUUGGCUGCCACUAGACUGUCCCGGGGUGCGGGUGAUAGCCGUCAAUUACACCACCGAUCCGUAUCUGUGGCGACCACUGUGGAAGCGCAAGGAGCCGCGCUCCAGCCUUAUGCAGCGGGCGCGGGAGAUGGCCGAGCUGCUCAUCCAGCACAGAGUGGGCCACGGUCAUCCGAUCAUCUAUGUGGGUCACUCCAAGGGUGGCCUGUUCAUCAAACAGCUGAUUGUGGAUGCCUGGGAGAGCGGUCGCCCGGCGAUGACUCCUCUUUGGAGGUCCGCCCGUGGAUGUUUCUUCUACUCGGUCCCGCAUCGGGGCUCCCACCUGGCGAGCAUCAAGGCGCCACUGCUAUCGCGAUCUGUGGAGCUGCUGGAGAUUGAAAAGAACAACAAAUACCUGUUGGACCUCCAUCGCCGUUUCGCAGGCCUGUAUCACCUGGGCCACCUGAAGAUUGAAGUCUUUAGUUUCGUGGAGACGGCGUUGACCCUUAUGUCUGUGCUUUAUCUGCGAAUUGUUGGUGUGGAUUCUGCAGAUCCCGGUAUUGGGGAUGUCUGCGGCAUUCGGCUGGACCAUCGCGAGAUCUGCAAGCCCCGUGGACGGGAUUGUAUUUUGUACAAAGAAUUGGUGAAAAUGAUUGAGAAGGUGUGCUGAGCAUGCCUGAGUAAUAAUGAAAUAGAGGUGUACUGUUCGAGGACCUGAUUUAUUUGAAACCGAAUUGUGAAUAGAAGUGACAACUCCAAGGUGUCAUGAUAAUUACGCGUACCUAAAUGCGGUGCCCCCAAAUAUCGUUUUGUGGGGCAGGUGUAAUCUUAAAGCGUCGCUUGUUGUUUUUAGAGUGCAUAGCAUUUUAAUUUUAAAAUUUAAUUCGCUUAUCCAGUUAGCUCAAGUUAGUUAUAUUGGUUUUUUUGUCGCUAUAUUAAGCCUAAGCUGAGCAAAUCAAUAACGCUCAGCCAUGCCAUUGGGCAUCAAUGAUAAUUUUGCAAUUUUUGUGAUCGAUUGUGAUCAUUUUAUGGCACUUUGUUGUGAUGUUCCCUCAUACCACCCAGACACGUUAUCUAUAUUUGUACAUGUUAGAGUAUUUAAAGGUCGUUAGUACUAAAACUGUCUCUAUCUGUAAAUGAAGUCUACACCGCUGUAAAACGUUACCAACGAUAAUUUCCAUAUGAAUAACCUAUUGAUGUUUUAUACCUAUUUGAUAAGUAAUUAAUUAAUAAAACCAUAAAAGAACAAAA